AUGUGUUCUGGGAUUGUUGUUAUUUUGCCAAUGUGGGUCAGCAGAAGACUCAUGGUUGAGUUGUAUUAUUUGCUGCAGGACAAAGCCACUGACCAGUUGACCAACUGUGGUUUUGUACACUCCAACAAAAUAAUGAAUAUCAAACCUUGUGGUCAAGCGUUGUACAUCACAGUUGUGUCCAAGUUGUACCAGGUUCAACAUCUGCCAAACUUGUCAGGUUUAACAUCUGCCAAACUUGUCAGCGUGCUAGUGGCUUCCAACGACAUUGUAAAAAUCUCUGAUUUUGGCACAAGUCGUGAAUGGAAUGAGAAGAGCACAAAGAUGUCAUUUGCUGGCACAGUGGCAUGGAUGGCCCCGGAGGUCAUACGCAGCGAAAUGUGCAGCGAGAAAGUGGACAUUUGGUCUUAUGGUGUUGUAUUAUGGGAGCUGCUGACUGCUGAAGUGCCCUAUACGGAUGUGAACUCAUCUGCCAUCAUUUGGGGAGUGGGCAGCAACUGUCUCCAUCUGCCCGUGCCCAGCACCUGCCCAGAGGGUUUCAAGCUGCUCAUGAGGCAGUGCUGGAGCGCCAAGCCUAGGAACAGGCCAUCCUUCCGGCAGAUUUUGAUGCACCUGGAGAUUGCCUCGUCAGAACUGCUGAGCUACUCCAGGGAGGAGUUUGCUGAUUCACAGUCUAUAUGGAGGACAGAAAUCCGAGAAAACUUCCAGAAAAUGAAGGCUGAAGGUUCAAACCUGCCACAGUUGGAGGAGGAACUGAUCAAAAGGAGGAAGGAGGAGUUACGGCAUGCGCAGGAUGUACGUGAGCACUACGAGAGGAAACUUGAGCGUGCCAACAACCUGUACAUGGAGCUGACAGCCUGCAUGCUGCAGCUGGAGAAAAGGGAGAGGGAACUCAUCAAAAGAGAGCAGCAGCUUACAUUGUACAAUAAACGCAGGAAAAGCAUAGUUCGACCAAUCAUCAAAGCCCAGGAGAAAUUGGAUAGGCUCGCAAAAAAACGUAUUCAUAGAUCAGGUUCAGAGGUCACAACACCCGACUCCAUGAAAAACACAGAAGGCAGCAUGACAACAAGCUCGGAGCUGGUUCUACCCUCACCCACCAAGAUGAGGACGCGCAAGUCUCGACAUCGUCGCAAUAACAGCCGAGGCUCUAUGAAGGACAUUGCCUCCCCCAUCAAGUCCCCCUCGCGGGACCACGAAGCCAGAAAUGCUGAAGCCCUGAACCCUGCUGGCCUACACCACAUAGAGCACCCGCAGUUCCCCGGUACUUUCAAGUACCUGGGGCCGGGGACAGCCAUCAGGGAGUACAGGAGCGAGGACGAGGUGGACGGCUGUGAGAUGAGGAUCUCUCACAUGGAGAACAACAUCAAAAACUUUGGCUGCGACGGCGGGUGUAGUGACGCCACGUGCAGCAGCAAAAGGUCGUCCCAGGUCAGCGCCGAUGUUGAGAGCACCUGUGAUUUAUCUCCCCUGUCUAGCCCCAAACACCAACCGCUUGAAACAAUGAGCGAGAAAUCAUCUCCGGAUGUUGACUCGUCUCGUCAUGAAACCGGCUCAGGGUCAUGUUCAUGCUCGCCCAUGGCAUCCCCAGCUGACCUUCAACCCCAGACGUACACAGUCCGAGAAAAAGACUCGAAUGAAAAUUUAAAUUUCCCGGAGAGCAGCACGAACUCUGUCAGCUCACAGUUGAACUCGGGCGUCAUCCAAACGACGACGUCACACACCGACUGUGACACCAUCAACACCAGUCUCACACAACAGACUCUCACAAACUCCACCAACCACCAUCUUGUACUUAUGACCUCGCAGGGGUCGGGGGUCAAACGGGUUCACAGCAGCCAGGAUAUGAGCAGGAGACACAGGAGCCCGUCCUGCCGGAGGAGAAGCUCUGACAUCUUUGAGAACUCUGGCAGGUGUCAGGACAGGUACGAGGACAGCCAGGCGGGGACGGAGAGAGCUGGACAAAAUGUGGACGGUGUCCUGCAGAAAAGGGAGGCAAACAACUCCUCUGUUAGAUUCAGAAACACCAAGCACUCUGAAGAAUCCUGGUCUGAAGAAGAGGAAGGGGAGGUGAGUGAUGACGAGACACCUUGUCAUCCCCCCUGCCGCCAGUCCUUCUCCACCCUGAGCUCUGAAGGUGUCUUCUCAGAGGAGGACAUCAGUGACAGGUCAGGCAACCAAGAUGGCAGUGGUGACAACGGUCUGCUGUCCACUGGCAGUGCAGAAAAUCUGCAAGCGGAGCUGACCAAACUGACCUAUAUACCAGAUGGUCUGUCAGACAGGGAGAAAACUGUCAAGAAGAUGAAAAACAAAGUUAACUCCCCUGAUAGGAUGAAAUCUGAGACGGACACAAGUUCGGACGAGUGUUCCGAUAUAACAGUGUCAUCAGCUAUACACAAAACUAGGUCUGUAGAGAGUAGCACCCACUGGUAGCCAGCCUCCUUCUAUGUUCUUCAGUCAUCUUCUCAAAGUCAUCUUCUCAAAGUCAUCUUGAUGUCACUAGCUUCACAUCAUCAGUCAUCCAACAUGAACCAUCAGUCACUCAACACUGAGUGAGUCAUUCAUCUUCGCCUUGUGUAGAAGCAAGACAAAAUUUGUUCUACCAUUUACCUCAGAUAGACUAGGAUCAGGGCCAGAAUAGACAGGAUUUUCUGACAGCUGUACAGGAAGGUCAGGGCUAGUCAGUUGCUGACCACACAAACUUGGGUGGGCAAGGACACAGUGAGUCAGUGGUUCACACAGAGAACGGACACAUUGUGGACACGUGUCAGUCCCUAACUGACAUAGGACACACAUCUAGUCACUAGCUCGCAUAUUAGGACACAACUAGUUAGUUAUGAAAUAAUGGAUGAACAAAUGUCUACAAUUAUUUCAAAAUGUGUUCUGGGAUUGUUGUGAUUUUGCCUACGUUUUGGUCAGCAGAAGACUGAUGGUUGAGUUGUAUUAUUUGCUGCAGGACAAAGCCACUGACCAGUUGACCAAUUGUGUAAGUGACCUGUCUAAAAUACUUUACAAACAUUUGGUAAUGUGUCAGAUUCUCAGUGGAUAUAGGAGAAGCUAAGUUGGAUAUUUGGAGCUAAACUUUUUCUGUGUUAUUCUUCACUCUAAGGAUUUGACCUGUUGAUGCUGUGUAGUUCUCUACUUCCUGGAGUUUAAAUUUGUGGUGAGAGUUGUUUAACAUAGAAUGUUAACAUUAUACAUGUACUAGCUAGAUAUGUGAAUUAACCUUACAGAUGUUCUAGCUAGAACUGUGAAAGUUUUAAAGAUGAGAUUCACAUUUUCCCUUAUCAUGUUGAACUGUUUUCUUCACUAUAAAUGUGGGGCUUGACUUGCUCUCAUUCAAGUCAUAGCACUUGGUUAUUUUACUCUCAAACCUCAUGACAUGUGUUUUACAUGGAGUUGUGGGACUUGU